AGAUGAACGCUUACGCUCCCAUGCCUUAUGCCAGCGCUCCCAGUCCUUACGCUGCACCCCCUCCAUCUUACGCCCCUCCAUCUUACGCUUCAGCUCCGGCAUACGCGGCUCCUAUUCCAUUGACACCUUUGGUCAUCCCCGACGAUGCCGAUGCUCUUGGCGGCGGUGGGGGUGGAGGCGGUAGUAUCACCAAGUUCUUUGCUCUGCCACUGAUCGUCGUACUUCCCAUUUUACUUCCUUUAAUCUUGUUGAUUGUCUUUCUGCCGAAAUUUGGCAAAAAACCUAUCAAAGAAAACAGGGAGUAUGAAGAUAUGAAACCUUACUACGAUGAUAACACGUACAACUACCAAGAUUACGAAAACAAUUACAUGGACGACAAACCAAGUAAAGGUAACCGCAGGCGUCGUGAAGCCGAGAAGAACAAGCAAAUCUCAUCUUCUAAUUCGGCCCUUCCAUCAAUGAGCAUCGCCCAAGUCGAUCGAUUGACUGACGUUAUCUUUGCUGCCAUCAAUUCGCAAGAAUGUAUCCAGCGUCUCCUGUGCGAAGUCGGAUCCCUAUCGCGCUCUUUCUCCGACACGACUCAACAAGUGACAAAAGCUGUCAAAGACUUUGUUCCAGAAUCUAUCAAAGAUUCGUACAACGUCUUCGCGAAAGCAGAAAAAUGCGAGCAGUACCAAUGCGGAGCCCUGAAAGUUCACAAAUAA